UCGGUCGCGUGCUUGCCAACAUGCAGCGCGCGAGGACGAGGCCGCUGCUACAACAGCUCGUACUGGUUUCCUCCAGAAGACGACUUCAUCAUCUUCACCAGGACGCGCGCUCGGUGGGGAUCAUAGGCGCGCCUUUCUCCAAAGGACAGCCGCGGGUCGGCGUGGACAGAGGACCGGACCUGAUCCGAGCGGCGGGAUUGGUGCGCAAGAUGCAGGAGCAAGGCUGUGUGGUGAAGGAUUACGGCAAUUUGACCUUUGAGGAGUUGGCGUCCGACGAGCCGGUGGGCUCUGUGAAAUUCGCCCGGGCGGUGGGCAGCGCCAACCGGAGGCUGUCGGAAGCAGUGCAGGCGGUGAAGAGGGAGGGACACACCUCGGUCAUGCUGGGGGGAGACCACAGCCUGGCCAUCGGCUCCAUCCACGGCCACGCGGCGGCGGUCGGCGAGCUGAGCGUGGUUUGGGUCGACGCCCACGCUGACAUAAACACACCGCUGACCACGCCCACUGGCAACAUGCACGGUCAGCCCGUGUCCCACCUGCUGCACGAGCUGCGCUCUAAGAUUCCCGUCCUGCCAAAUUUCUCCUGGCUGAAGUCAUGCGUUCACGCCAAAGACCUCGUCUACAUCGGCCUGAGAGACGUGGACCCCGAGGAGCACUACAUCCUGAAGCUGCUGGGUGUGAAGGUGUUCUCCAUGACCCAAGUGGAUCGUCUGGGCGUGGCCAGAGUGAUGGAGGAGACGUGUGAUUUCCUGUCUGGCAGAGUGAAGAAACCGAUCCAUCUGAGCUACGACAUAGACGCCAUCGACCCGUCUGUGACCCCAGCGACGGGGACCCCCGUGGUUGGCGGGCUCACAUACAGGGAGGGAAUCUACAUCAGUGAACACCUCAGCCAGACAGGUCUGCUGUCGGGGGUCGACAUGGUGGAGGUGAAUCCUCUCAGGGGCCACACGGAACAGGAGGUCCAGUCCACCACCAGAACAGCAGUGGACCUUCUACUGGCUUGUUUUGGACGCCUGCGGGAAGGAACCCACCAGCCACACUACUGCCUGCCUGAGGCCUGACCCCCAAUGGGAGCCAAAGAAAUUUUUUAUUUUUCCUCAAAACUAACUUUUGAACUAUUCAGUGUAAACCCACUAAACAUUUAUGUUAUUUACAGCUUCUCAGUUGUGCAAUGCGGACGUCACAUGAUCACCAAGGUUACGGAUGUAGUCGCAAGGAAUGUAAUGUUGGGUGAGGCUUGAUGGCCAAAACAACAGGCUUCCAUUGCAUGUUUGAAUGAGCUCACAACAGGCACAGUAAUCUCCCAUAAAAACGCUACUGUUCUGCUGUAACCCACACCAAGCUAAAACUCAACUCGGGUGUCCAAAGUGAGGCCCAGGGGUUAUUUGCGGCCCACGGCUAUUUUUUUUAUUCGCCUGUGGCACAUUUUCAAAUUAUAAUUUAGGAAAAGUUAAACAAAAAAAAAGAAAAGCCAAAAUGGAAAAAUCUGUAAUUUUACAAGAACAACAUCAAAAUAUUGAGGGGGGAAAAAAAGAUAGCAAUUAAUUUAAAAUGAAACUAAUUUGACAAGAUGGGCUCCAGCAUACUCUUGACCCCAGUGAGGACAAGCGGCAUAGAGAAUGGAUGAAUCAUUUUACCAAAAUAAUGACAUAAUUAUGAGGAACAACAACAUCAUUUUAGUAGCUGUUGAAAUAUUGAAGAAUUUUUAUUUUUUUAAGUUGCAAUAUGAGAAACAAAACAACGAAUAGUCAUAAUUGGAAAAACAGGUUGCGGAAAAAGUUAGUUUGUUACGAGAAUAAAGUUAUUAGCUAUUAUGGGACUAAAGUCAUAAUUACGAGAAGAAAAUUUACAACUUGAAAUACUUGGAAAAGAACAGAAAUAUAAGAAAAACAUAUAAGAAAUGGAAGAAACAGCUGUAAUUUGAUGAGAAUAAAGUGAAAAUAUUAAGAGAAAAAAGUCAAAAUUUUACAAGAAUAAACUCUGGAAAUAUGAGUCUGUGUAGGCUCUCAGUCGUACAGGAGUUGUCCA